GCCUAAACGAAACAAUUACUGGAAAAAAUAGUAUUAGGUUUGGGCACUACAUGAAACUGAUAUUUUUGAAAAACAUGAAUACAAUACCACAUGAGUAAGUAAUAGGCUACACUGAUUAAAAUUUAAUCGAUUAGCGUGUCUAACCUAAAUAGGAGCUUGUGACGGUAAAAUCUCAUGUUACUUCAGAGCAAAUUAAAAAUACAACAAAGAGCAUUUUUAACUAGACAGCAAAUUAAAAAUAAGAAAAAGUUGUGAUUCUUGUUAACACAUUUAGAAGUAAAUUUUGCUUGCGAAAUGUGCCAUUUUUUGCAGCGACUCUCCAUUUUUUCCUCUGUUUCUAUGGCAACCCAUCUAAACAGCAUCUCACAUCGCCUGUGGAGGGAAGAAGCAAACGUCUCCAGCAGCUUUAACUUUUACUGACUUUCAUUUGUAACUUAAACCGUUUGUUUAGUUUUCUCUCUCUUUCUUUUAUCUGACAAUGUCAAUCGGUCGGGGGUCUCGCUCAACAACCCCACCAACCAAAACCGUAGUUAUAUUCAGAAACGGAGAUGCGUUUUACCCCGGCCGCAGGUUUGUCGUCAAUCAACGUCAAUCAUCAACUUUUGACAGCUUUCUGAACACCGUCACGCGAGUUAUCACGGCCCCUUUUGGGGCAGUGCGAAACAUUUACACCCUUAAAGAAGGUCACAGGGUGGUGGAUCUGGAGCAACUGGUACAUGGAGAGAUAUAUGUGGCAGCCGGAACAGAGAAGUUGAAAAAGCUCGACUAUCAUCACAUAACAACACAGAAACCUGAAAAGAAGAAGAGUGAACUGAUCCGACCUGUAGUUCACAGCAGAAUAAUUGUCCCAGCUCGCUGGAAGAGAAUCAGUAAUGAGCCGUGCACCAUCAAUGUUUUUACAAAUGGAGAGAUCUUGGCUCCACCAGCACGGGUGCUGAUACCAAAACACACACUGGCUAGCUGGGAAAACGUAUUGGCCAUGGUGACCGAGAAAGUUCACCUUCGCACUGGAGCUGUACAUGGACUGUGCACGCUGAAUGGGAAACGUUUACGUGGGGCAUGUGAGCUACAGAGCAGUCACUAUUAUGUUGCUGUUGGGGCAGAGAGGUUUCAGCAUUUGCCAUAUUAUCAGCUGGUUCCGAGCAAAGGAGUAAUCCAUGACCUCACUAAUGCGAUCACCGGCGACAUUCUUCCAGCACUAAAAAGAGGAAAACAGGACCGAGAAUCAUUUGCAAAACCAGAAGUGGACAACGACUCGGUUUUUUAUGCAAGAAGUUCGGAUCAAGCCAAACAGCCCAGGCAGGCUUCUAAAAUCCCAGGCCUCUUCAGUGCAGCGGAAAAAAGUGUCUUCAAAGCCACCAAUAAAAGAAAGGAGACAGUUACAUCAUCUGAGGUCCUAGAAGAUGAAACUAUAAAGGUGGAUCUCCCCAUAGAACAGAUUAAAGCUGAAGAGGUUGAGGAGGAGCAGUACUUCCACAAAGACUCCCAACUAGAACUUGAUGGUGACAACCCUUCAAAAGUCUUCACAAACCAUCCAAAUUCAAGAUCACCCCUUUCUGGAAGUCAUAAGAUCUCAGAGCACGCAUCAUGUGUGGAGGAAUCCGAAGGAGAAUCCCAACUCAACAGUCAUGGAGACAGCAAAAAUAAGACAUUAACUCAACCAGAACCGGUGGUAUAAAACUCUCGGCGCGCGACCACACCUGAUUUAAUUUGAUAAACAAAGCACGAGUCUUUAAUACCCCUCCUUCUUUUCACACGAUAGAUGCGGUCAUAAUGAAGGAGGCGGCACUCUGCUUUAUUUGCCUGGGCUCUAACCCCGGAAAAUUAGUCAAUUUAGAUACGGCACUUAUUGUGGUCCAAUAGUCCUUGACUCGCUAUAGCGUGAAUCUUAUAACGUUGAUGAACACGCACAAUAGCGGUUUGGAAUAUUACAAUGCCUUGCAAUUUCACAGUGCUUGGAAACCGGAAGAUAUCAAGUCUUAUUUAAACAAUCAAUAACAUGCAGCAUUCCGUUUAAUGAAAACUAUAAUUCCAGACAAAGGCAAUUACACCACUGGGUAUUGUUUUGGUGCCGGGAUUUUGCUGUAGUCUGCAUUUCCGUAAUAAAGAUAUUCUUAUCGUAAUAAUUAUUGACUGGGGAGUGCGCUUAUUGCCUUGUUAAGGACCUCAUCAAUAGUAUAAUUCAUUUCUUAUCACAUUUAGUCAUGUUUGGAGAUUGCCACAUCAGAGGGUGCUAUAGAUCUUAGGAAUGGACCGUGUGUAAUAGAGAGUGGUAAUUCUCCCCAGUCCAACCUCAGCUAAUUGGCAGAAUCAUCAUCACCUCUCAAAACAUGAUUUGAUUUACCACGGCACAUUUUAUGACUUUUCGUGGUCUCGGUACUAAAGACGCGGAAGUGCUAAUCUUGCAGGACCCGCUCGGAAGGACCAAGUAACAUUAACCAUUAUCCGUGUUCCUCAGCACUCAACAAUGUCCAAUAAAUAUCCUCAUGUUGAAAGCUUGUAUUGCCAAUAGCACACGUCGCAUUGCACACUGUUCUUUUCCUGUCCGGCUAUGUUUAUUAUCCAGCAUCGUAAUGCACGGUUAUGACCCUCAAACAGAAAUAAUUCACUGGAAUCUGACAGUAACGUAUAUUACGGCGUAGAUAUUUUGCGAUAACGAGUUAUUAUGAGUCUGCCCGUGUGUUUUGUGGCGGGGUGACGUUUUUAAUCUCUAUAUCUCUGAGUAGAUAUAUUAUAAAUGCGGCUUUGCUAGAUGAUCACAAAGCGUAACAAUAACACAUUUUUAGAACCUGUUCACGGCAAUCUGGGCUUUCUUUAAGUAAAUAAAUAAUUCCCAUAAAAAAAACACAAUCAUGAAAAAAGCUGCUUUGGUGAGAGUGCUUAUAUCCAUUAGACCCUCUGAUGUUUAAAAGCAUGUAUUAUGACAAGGGUUUUUAAAAGCACCAUAUAUUUGGCUUCUUAAAACACUUCAUUCACUAAAUAUGAGUCAUACUUCAAAAUAAAUAUUACCUCACCGCCAUUGAAUUAUAUGGCUUUCCGUCACAGCCGCUAGAGUUUUUAUUGAUGAACAGAUUCAAUUAUAUGAUAGUGUUUCACUCUAAACAUGAAGAGUAACAGAAAUGAUGCCGUUGCAUUAACACCCCAAGCGCAUAGAUAAAAAAAUAAAUCUUAGCUGUCGUUUAAACAUCCAAAUAAACGGAGUUUAUGAUGCAUGCGCAAAAAAAUAGAUAUUUAUGUUAGGUUCACAUUUAAAUAAAGAUUAAACCAUUCAGAUGAA